AUGAAGAACACGCAUGCUAAAGGUGGAGCUGCUGGCGGGACCGGUGCGCAAUCCGGUAGCGGCGAUGGCGCCGACAUGGCAGAGUACAACACGCUGUCCAAUCUUCGAGGACUAGCGAAAGGGAAAAUCAUCCGCUUAUACGACAUGUUGGAGAGAGUGGAAGAGGAACAAACGCAGCUAACAUCGCCACAGGUAAAGGUGUACAUAAAGAAACUAGAUGCUGCCUAUAAGGAAUUUCACAACUACCAUGAACGGAUCGUGGCGGUAGUGGCGCAUGAUCGGAAAGAGGAUCAAGACUGUGAGUACGUUGAAUUCGAGACGCUAUACGAUAAUGUGUCGAUUUUUCUCGAGACGUGGCUCGAGAAUUUUGCCGCACCUGAUUCUCGUCCUGCUACUGGUCAACCAGUAAGUCAACAGCCGUUGAUUGUGCAACAAUCGCUUCCUCGUGCCAUUCCUACAUUUGAUGGCAAAUACGAGCAGUGGGAAAAGUUCAAGAUUAUGUUCGGGGAUGUGGUGAACAAGUCAAAUGAGCCACCACGAAUCAAGCUCUAUCAUUUGGAGAAAGCAUUGAUUGGGGAUGCUGCCGGUUUGAUUGAUGCGAAAACAAUUGCUGAUGGCAAUUAUGAUCGCGCUUGGGAAAUAUUAAGAGAGAGGUUCGAGGAUAAGAGGCGUAUGAUUGAUAGGCACAUUGUUGGUCUGUUAAGCAUAACAAAGAUAGUCAAAGAGGAUCAUUGCGAACUGCGAAAACUUAUUGAUACAUGUGUGGGUCAUGUCGAAAAUUUAAAAUUUCUGGGUCAGGAAUUUUCAGGAGUGUCCGAACUUAUUGUCAUACACAUCCUUACUAGCGCUCUAGACAAAGAGAGCAAACGCGCAUGGGAAUCUUCAAUGGAACAUGGGUCGCUUCCGCAUUAUAAUAACACAAUCUCGUUUCUCAAGAAUCGCAUUUCCAUUCUCGAAAGAUGUCAGGUUUCCACAAUUAGCAAUGAGAAUCAGUUUAAUCGUAUAUCACCUAAAAGAAAUGAAAUAUCUAACAAGCAACCUAAUUCGCGAAUAAAUGCUGCUAUGUUUUCAACUAACUGCGAGUUUUGUGAAGGAGAUCAUUUCGCGUUCAAAUGCCCAAGUUUUAAUGCAUUAAAGAUUGAUGAGCGGCUCAAGAUGGUACGUGACAAGCGGGUUUGCUUUAAUUGUUUGAGAAGAGGCCACCGUGGGUUGGAUUGUCCAUCAUAUAAAUCUUGCUCGAAAUGUAAGCGUAGACAUCAUAGCUUGCUUCAUAGAGAAGGAGUUCGUCCAUCGUUUAAUAUUGAGAAAAGAGAUACACUACCAGAGAAUCAAAAACAGCAUUUUACUCCAAGCACACUGACAAAUCCAUAUGAAGGCUCAUCGAAGCAGGAUAUUACUGCCGCUUAUUCCAACACGCGUGGAAACGCAGCUCAGCAAGUGUUGCUGCUAACAGCACAAGUAUUCAUUUUGGAUAAACAUGGAAAUCCGCAUAUAUGUCGAGCACUUUUGGAUAGUGGCUCACAAAUCAAUUUCGUUUCUGAAUCGCUGCUCAAUAAACUUGGAGUACAUGUGGAAGAGACGAAUAUAUUAGUCACCGGAGUUAGCAACAUCAAAUCCAAAGUUCAGCAUAAGACUUGCAUUCAAGUACUAUCAAGGUUUAACAACUUCAGAAUAGAAUUGGAUUGUUUGGUAUCGCGUAAAGUCACUGGAAUUCUGCCAACUUACGAGAUUGAUGUCGCUUCGUGGAACAUUCCGUCAGAAAUGCAAUUGGCCGACCCUUCAUUCUACCAACCUGGUCAGAUAGAUUUGCUGAUCGGAAUGGAGUGGUUCGAUGAUUUAAUCAAAUCUGGUCGAGUGAAACUCUUCGAAAACUCACCAACGUUAAUUGACUCGCAAUUCGGAUGGCUUAUUGGUGGAAGAGUUGAUGGCGACUCUGUAUCAGGCUCUAUCUUCCAUUCACAUACCGCAAUAUCAUCAGAUGAGCAAUUAAAUAAACAAAUUCAGCGUUUCUGGGAAUUGGAAAACGUGGCCUCUGAGCAAUGUGUGCCAACCGAGGCUGAAGAAUGUGAAGCUCAUUUUCAGUCAACAUUCCGUCGCAAUUCAGAAGGUCGUUAUGUGGUUCAACUGCCGUUAAAAGAAACAUGUAAGCAACUAGGAGAUUCAAGACAGAUGGCUAUAAGAAGGUUUUACAUGAUGGAGUCUAAGCUAUGCAAACAGCCAGAAAUCAAACAACAAUAUGAUGAAUUCAUUGAGGAAUAUGUACACUUGGGACAUUGCAAGGAAAUUAAUGAGAAACAGGAUAAAGAUGGUAUUCAAAAGUGGUAUUUGCCCCACCAUGCUGUGCUCAGACCAUCAAGUUCUUCAACAAAAUGUCGAGUGGUCUUCGAUGCGUCAGCGAAGGUUGGCGGGAGAUCUUUGAACGAUGAGAUGAUGAUUGGUCCUACUAUUCAGCCAGAUCUACUGACAAUUAUUUUGAGAUUCCGCAAGCACCGAUAUGUUUUAAGUGCCGACAUUGCAAAAAUGUAUCGGCAAGUCCUGGUUGAUAGUUGCCACACUCCACUACAACGUAUACUUUGGCGAAAGAAUCCAAUGGAUCAGGUAAAAGUUUUGGAAUUGCAGACUGUCACAUAUGGAAUGGCAGCUGCUCCUUUUCUGGCAAUAAGAGCUCUGAAUCAGCUAUCAAAAGAUGAAGAAGUUUCAUAUCCACGAGCAGCUGAAGUAGUGAAAAAGACUUUUUACGUAGAUAAUGUUCUUUUCGGGGGUACUAAUCUUGAAGAAGUUGUGAACGUUCAGCAGGAACUGAUUUCACUUCUCAAACUGGGAGGAUUUCAUUUGCACAAAUGGGCAGCUAACAACGAUCAGCUUCUAGAACACAUCGCAGAAAAAGAUUUGGACAAAUUGGUAAAUAUUGAAGGCACAAGCGCAAAUGAAAUAAUCAAAACGUUAGGUUUAAUGUGGGAUCCUAACAAUGAUGAGCUUAUCUUUUUAUCGCAACCAGAUUGUGCUACACCAAACCCUACGAAGCGUCAGGUUCUAUCGAUGAUAGCAAGGCUUUUUGAUCCCCUUGGACUGCUGUCACCAGUUAUAGUUAUUGCGAAAAUGUUGAUGCAGCAACUCUGGAGAGAAAAAAUAGGUUGGGAUGACAAGAUAAAUGAAGAACUUACCCAACAGUGGAAAGAAUUUCUAGCCGCAUUGCCAACGGACGGGCAAUUUCGCAUCCCACGACAAGUUUUUAUGAAUGAUGCAGUUAAGACAGAAAUACAUGGAUUUGCCGAUGCGUCAAUAGACGCGUAUGGCGCUUGUAUCUACAUACGCUCUUUAUAUGAUAAUGGCACCGCAAAUAUGAGAUUGAUAACAAGUAAAUCAAAGGUAUGUCCAAUCACACCGCUUACUAUUCCUAGAAAGGAACUUUUAGCUGCACUGCUAUUACAUCGAUUGGCAAUCAAAGUUGUUACUGCAAUGGAACUAGAGCAUGUUCCAGUAGUUCUAUGGAGCGAUAGUCAAGUCGUUCUCGCUUGGUUCAAUAAACCACUUGAAAGAUUGCAAAUUUUCGUUAGAAAUCGAAUCUCAGAGAUCAAAUCUAAUGACACCGUUACCUGGAAAUAUGUACGAUCAGCCGACAACCCAGCGGACAUAGUGUCCCGUGGAAUGUCUUCAGAAGCUUUAGCUAACAACCGUUUGUGGUGGAACGGACCAUCCUUCCUUCGGACAAUUGAGUAUAAAGAGGAAUUGCUGGAAGUAAUGGACGAAAGCGAAAUCCCAGAGCUUAAACCAGAGACAAUUGCUAACGUUGCUAUUGUGGAUGAAACACUUUCGAUCUUUGAGAAAUUCGACUCGUUUCGUAAAACGCAAAGAAUAAUAGGCUACAUUAUACGCUUUAUUGCUAAUCUUCGGUCCAAACCUGAGAAAAGGAAUUUCUCCAAACGACUUUCACUUACUGAAAUACGAGAAGCAACAAAAUGCAUGAUACGAGUAAUACAAAAACAUGAGUUACAUGAUGAAAUCGAGCGCAUUCGUGCUGGCAAGCCAUGCAACCGAAUUGAAAAUCUCAAUCCGUACAUUGAUAGUGAUGACAUCUUGCGUGUUGGAGGCAGAAUUCGACAUUCUUCUCUUCCAGACCAAGCAAAACAUCAAUGGAUUCUGCCUGAUAAGCAUCCACUCACACGAGCACUGAUAGUGGACAUUCAUAGAGAAAAUCUUCAUGCUGGGCCAAGUUGUGUUAUCGCCAUGCUUAGGCAAAAAUAUUGGUUAUUGAACGCAAAAUCUUCUGUGCGUAAAGUGACACGAAGCUGCGUUACUUGCUUCAAAUCAAACCCAAGACUAGCUGGUCAAUUCAUGGGCGAUUUACCAUCAUGUCGAAUCAAUGUGGCACCUGCUUUUUUGAAAGUUGGAAUCGAUUAUGCAGGGCCUAUCUAUGUAAAACAAACGACAAGAAAAGCGACUCCCGUGAAGGGAUAUAUUUGUCUAUUCGUAUGUAUGGUGUCUAAAGCUCUUCAUUUGGAAGCAGUUGAGGAUCUCUCGACUGAUGGAUUUCUUGCGGCACUUCGACGAUUUGUUUCGCGAAGAGGAGUACCAGAAGAAGUGUAUAGCGACAAUGGUACAAAUUUUAUCGGCGCUAAAUCAGCAUUGAACGAGCUCUACAAACUGUUUCAGACAGAUAUUACGAAAGAUAAGAUUAAUAGUUUCUGUCAAAGCAAAGAAAUAAAGUGGACAACCAUUCCCCCAAGUGCACCUCACUUUGGAGGUUUAUGGGAGGCGGGAGUAAAGAGUGUUAAAACCAUUUUGAAUCGCGUUUAUCAAUCAGCUAAUUUAACGAUUAUGGAAUUUGCGACUCUUUUGUGUCAAAUCGAGGCAAUUUUGAAUUCUAGACCCUUAUUUUCCCAUUCUUCCGACCCAAAGGACCCAGAAGUUUUAACCCCCGGACACAUGAUUAUUGGCAGACCUCUAACAGCCAUACCCGAACACUCUUUUAUUGAUAUUCCUAUAAAUCGAUUGCACCGAUGGCAACGCAUCCAACAGCUGAGACAGCAUUUCUGGAAUCGCUGGUCUCAUGAAUAUUUGGCAGAGCUUCAAUCAAGAGCGAAAUGGACAAGAAAGAAGAUCAACGUGGCAAUAGAUACAGUCGUUCUCUUGAAAGAAGACAAGGUUCCAACUCAACAAUGGAAGAUAGGCCGAGUUGUUCGAACCUACCCUGGUUCUGAUGGCCUAGUUCGAGUUGUGGAUGUACGUGUUGGUGAUACUACAUACAAAAGACCGAUCCAUAAGCUAGCGCCGCUACCCAUUUUGGACAACGCAUUGAUUGAGGACAAGGAUCAACAAAGUAACUUUCCUUCUGCCGUGGGAGUAUGUUCAGUCCACCGCUCAGCGGAGCGAACUGAAUGUACGAUCGACAGGAUGGCGGAGGAAGUAAAGCAACGAGAGGACAACGAGCGCAAGAAUACAACCAAAGGAAAUAAAAUUCAACCACCAACAUGA